AAGUUGUGGUGUUGGUGGUGGUGGUGGUGAAAAAUUGGAUAUUCGUUAGUAUUUUUUUUGGUGUUUUGUUUUCAUGACUUGUACAAGGUAGACAGUGGAACUCUAUUGAUUUUCAACAUAUGUUGAUUAUGCCGAAACGGAGAACCUGUUACAUUCAAAGUAUGCACUAGAAAAAUAUUUUUUGCUUUGUUGGUCGAGUGACACAAAAGACAAAAGGAAUUUCACCCAAAGUCUCCGAUAUUAGACACCCAAGAGAGAGCUCUAUAUAAAUAAUAUGGAGGGCAUUGGGAGAGGUGGUCGUGGGGCCAAGCUGCUGGAGGCCCUAAGGGCACAGCAGCGCAGACCUGGCAGUGAGGAACCCGAGAGUUCCCAGCCAGUUCCAGAUGUUAAGUCUGGAUUUUCCCGUGGACGUGGAGUGUUGCUUCCUGAACAGCAUGUUGCAUCUUCACAAGAAACUGCCGAAGCCUCAUCCCGUGAAGCACCAUUAGUGGGAGGUGGUCGUGGACAAAAACUAAUGGCACUUAUAAAAACAUCACAGCACAGAGUACAAAGUACAACACCAGGACCAGUGUCAACACCUGUUGUUUCUACUACUACUACUGCUGCUCCAGCAGCAGCAGCAGCAGCUCCCACUCCUGCAGUAAGGCCAGUGGGCAGGGGUCGUGCGGCACUGUAUGAAGCACUUCGUAGUAUGCCUGGAACCUCAAGAGGUAUACCUGCUCCUGUACCUACACAGAAGCCUCCAGAGACAGCCAUACCAGUGGAAUCUCUGGCCCAAAAGAUGGAGCAGGUGGAAAUAGAGCGGAAACCCCCAGUAGUGUGUAUGGGACAACAGGGAGAACGUAUACCAGCAACAGCGAAUUACAUAAGGUUAGCAGUGCAACCAGACAAAGGAGUAUUUGAAUAUGAAGUACGUUUCUCUCCUACUGUUGAUUCCAAAAGUAUAAGAAGCAAGAUACUGAACAGUCUUGCAGAUAGCAUUGGGCGCUGCAAGACCUUCGAUGGUGUAACACUUUAUUUACCCAUAAAAUUGACAGAAGAGGUUACAACAUUGACAUCUAAUCAUCCAGUCGACAACUCGUCAGUAACAGUCAGAAUAAUAUUUAAGAGAAAAAAAAAGAUUCAUGAAUGUAUCCAUUUAUACAAUGUCCUCUUUAAGAGGAUUAUGGGUAUAUUGGAAUUAGCGAGGGUUGGAAGAGAUACAUAUGACCCACAUGCUGCCCGUGUAAUACCCCAGCACAAACUGGAGGUUUGGCCAGGCUACGUGACGGCCAUAGAUGAAUACGAGGGAGGUAUACAGUUGUGCUGCGAUACAUCGCACCGAGUACUGAGAACACAGACUGUUUUGGAUGUAAUUGCAGAUAUAUCAACUCGGAAUCCAACUGCUUUUAAGGAGCAUAUUAUGAAAACAGUAAUAGGUGCUUCAGUCCUGACUCGAUACAACAACAAAAUUUAUCGAGUUGAUGACAUAGCAUGGAACAGAAGCCCACGUGACACAUUUGACACAACCAGUGGUGAUACGAUUACUUAUUGUUAUUACUACAAGAAGCAGUAUGGCCUUGACAUCAGUGACUUACAGCAGCCAUUGCUUGUCAGCAAAGUAAAGAAAAGGUUGCAGAACCAAGAGAAAACUGAACAGCUUAUAUGUCUCAUACCUGAGUUGUGCUUCAUGACUGGACUUACUGAUGAAAUGAGAAAUGAUUUUAGAGUGAUGAAAGAUAUUGCAACAUACACACGUGUAACCCCAAAUCAAAGACAGGCAUCACUGAAAACUUUCAUCAACAGAGUAAUGUCAAAUGAUCGAGCAAAGUCUUUGUUGGAAGACUGGGGUCUUAAUUUGGAGCCAUCAACAGUAGAACUCACAGCAAGAGUCGUCAAGAAUGAAGAAAUAAUUUUUGGUGGUAACAGGACGGUUCCUGGCACCCCACAGGCUGAAUGGAGCGGUGCAUUGUCUCGAAAUAUGGUCAUAUCAGCAAUUGACUUGAUGAGUUGGGUUCUUUUGAGAACAACUCGAGAUUCUCGAUUUGGAAAUGAUUUUAUGGAGACGAUGCAGAAAGUGGGUCCACAGAUGGGCAUUCAGGUAGCACAGCCUUCUGUGGUGGAACUUCGUGAUGAUAGAACGGAAUCAUAUGUCCGUGCUCUUCGUGAGAGCAUAAGACCUAAUGUACAGAUAGUUGUUGUUAUUUGUCCAACAGCAAGAGAUGAUCGGUACUCUGCAAUAAAAAGGAUAUGUUGCAGUGAAAUGCCUGUAGCUUCACAGGUAAUAAAUUCCAGAACAUUAUCAAAGAGAGAUAAGUUGAGGAAUAUAGUGCAGAAGAUAGCACUUCAAAUCAAUUGUAAAUUAGGCGGCACACUGUGGGCUGUCAAAGUGCCCUUGGAUAAUUUAAUGGUGAUAGGAAUUGAUUCCUACCAUGACACACUCAGGAAAGGAAGCAGUGUUGCUGCAUUUGUAUCAUCUUUGAACAAGUCUGUUACUAGAUGGUACAGCCAAGUUUGUAUUCAAGGUCCUGCCCAAGAAUGGGUAGAUAGUUUGCGAGCUUGCUUCAUAUCAUCUUUGAAGAAAUAUCAUGAGGUGAAUCACAGGUUUCCUGAUAGGAUAAUAAUCUAUCGGGAUGGCAUAGGUGAUGGGCAGUUAUCUGUGUGUCGAGAUUAUGAAGUGCCACAAUUCAUAAGUUGUUUUCCAAAUAUCAAUCCAUCUUACAGCCCAAAAUUGACGUUUGUUGUCUGUCAGAAGAGGAUAAAUACUAGAAUUUUUGCACAGACAAAUGGUUCAUUGGACAAUCCACCUCCUGGAACAGUGAUGGACAACACUAUCACUCGACGUGACUGGUCUGACUUCUUCCUAGUUUCUCAAAAUGUGAGACAGGGAACAGUUUCACCAACACAUUACGUUGUCAUCUAUGACACAAGCAGCAUGCAGGCUGACCACGUCCAGCGUAUGACCUACAAGAUGUGCCACCUAUAUUAUAACUGGCCUGGCACUGUACGAGUACCAGCCCCUUGUCAAUAUGCACACAAGCUUGCCCAUCUUGUAGGACAGAAUAUCAGAAAGGAGCCGUCUGACAAAUUGUCAGACAGGCUGUUCUUUCUGUAGAAUGUGGCAAUCUGUUCUGGAACCACUUUAAAUAAAGUGCUCUCAGGAAAAGCAAACAACACAGCACAGUGUGGUGUUACUGUUGUGAAUAAUGUGGAAGUAUUUUUUUCUGUAGAGAUAUUAUGAUCCAGUGAAAAACUGAAUAUGUUGUGUGUUAAUUUUAGAAAAUAGAUUUGUAGGGAAGUUACAGUCAUACAGCUACUGUGUCCAUCAGAAAAUUGUGUAAUAUUGUGUAAAGACAUACUUUAUUCUAUCAGACCGUGUAUUUGAAAAUAUUAAUGCACGUGAGUAUGGGCAAUUCCAUACUGGUAACGUUUAAGUUUUGCUUCUUUUGCAUUGAUCAGUAUUGCUGAUUUUCAGUAUAUUCUCAACAAAAUUGUUUCAGCUAUCCCACAACAUACUCCAUUCAGGUUAAGCAGAAUGCUGUGCUCCCCGUACCCUUUCAUAUUUUUUUUUAUUAUACCUCUGUGAAUUGUGUUGAUUCUUUGUCAUAACACUUAUGUAACAAUUUGUAUAAAUAGCAGCCUUGAUUUAAGGCUCUCUGUCAUUAUAUUAUAGAAUUGCUGCUGUAUGAUUGACGAUUCUGCAACAGCACUUGCAGAAAAUAAUGUGACAGAAAUACCCAAUGUAUGACGUACUGAACAUGACUUGCAAGGUGCAGAUUGCUUAAACUAUGUUUUAGUUUUUGUACAGCUGGAACACUUGUUCUGGUUCUUUGCAGUAUUUGUGAAAACGAGGUCAUGUUUAACAUUCCACUGUGUAAUUAUUACAUUUUAUUGCUUCAGUGAAGAUAACUUGUGUGACUCCAAGCUACAUAACUCGGUUGUUGAUUUGAAACUUGUCAUAUUGCUGUUCUGGGCAAGAAUAGAAAUUUGAAAUUGUUGCAGUCAUGAUUUUAUGUGUUUUCAUUAUUUUAGCCCAUGUGCUUUAAAUAUUUAGGUUGUUAAAACUUUUAGUACAUAUUUAACAUAACUUGUACAGUUCUUUGCCUUUAUUUUAUCUGUAAUGGACAUUGAGAAUCAGUCAUUAUUAUUUAAUGCUAAUAGUGCUGAGUUAAGACAAUUGUCAGCACCAUGAAAUAUAGUUCCUAUAGUAUUAUUUCACUUAUUAAUGUAUCAUCUCCAUUUUCCUAGGAACAGUUCCUGGAACCCACCUCAAUUACAAUUUAUUGUACAUAGUAAUGAAAAUUAAAAAAAACUUGUUAAAUAUAUACCCAUUUAAUAGUGGUGAAUGGAGACACAUUCCAUUUCUUGCUUAAGAGUGCAAUUUUAUUUGACAGGGUAAUUUCUACUUAAUAUCAUAAAUUUGGAAGUUAACAGAGAACAGCUGCGUUGUCCACAAAUCAUAGCUUCCAUUCCAUUAUGGUAUGUGUGCAAAGAACUGUAAAUAUAAAUCGUAAUGACUGCUCAAGUUGUGUGCCUUUCAGAUAAUGGGAAUCUUAUUUUUAAACAAAGAAUAAUUUUGUCUUAAAAUCUUUAAACUACAUUGAAAUACAGUCACUUUAUCAUAUUAAAAAUUACACCUGUUGUUGAUUGACAUAUUCUUUAUUGAUUGUCAAGCACAGAGAGCAGUUCACUUUGACAAAUUUACUAUCAGAUUUUUGAUCACUUGUCAUAAUCUGAUCAUACCAAAGUCAUAAUCCUAAAGCUCAGGACUUAACCGGGAACUAUUGUAUUACUACCCAAAUUCCAUAUUACAUCCAUAGCCGU